AUGGGUGUCCAAGCAAACUCAAAUAUAUUAAAAGUGACUUUGUUCCUGAAUCUUGAAGGAUGUUUUGCCUCAAGUUCCCUCUUGUAUUUGACUGCAGCCAUUUUGGGAAAUGAAAUUGGGUGGUUUGAUGACACAAACACCACAAGUUCUAUGCUGGCAUCUCGUUUAGAGAGUGAUGCAACUUUACUGCGAACUGUAGUCGUUGAUCGCUCUACAAUUCUUAUACAAAAUGUGGGUUUGGUUGUCACUUCAUUCAUCGUCUCCUUCAUCUUGAAUUGGAGGCUAACGCUUGUUGUCAUGGCCACAUAUCCAUUGCUCAUAAGCGGUCACAUCAGCGAGAAACUCUUCAUGAAAGGUUGUGGGGCUAACUUGAGCAAAACUUAUCUCCAAGCUAACAUGCUUGCUGGUGAGGCAGUAAGUAACAUCCGUACUGUUGCUGCAUUCUGUUCUGAAGAGAAGGUGAUUGGCCUUUAUGCUUGUGAGCUUGUUGAGCCUUCAAGGCAUGCAUUUAUUCGCGGUCAGACUGCUGGUAUAUUUUAUGGAGUCUCUCAGUUCUUCAUCUACUCAUCCUAUGGCCUUGCGUUAUGGUAA